GCUGCUUGGAAAGUCUCGCCCCGCUUCGCCCCGCUUCGCCCCGCCAUGGAGCUGUCCACACUGCCCGGGGCUGAAGCCGACGCCGAAUUCUUCUCCAACGGCAGCCGCCUGCGCGCCUCGCCCUGGGGUCCCUGCCCCAACCAGAGCUUCAACCACACGGGGCUGCCCGCGGCCAAGGACCCCACCUCCAUCGCCAUCGCCAUCGCCAUCACCGCCCUCUACUCCGUGGUGUGCGUGGUGGGGCUGCUGGGGAACAUCCUGGUCAUGUACGGCAUCGUCAGAUACACCAAGAUGAAAACGGCCACCAACAUUUACAUCUUCAACCUGGCCCUUGCAGACGCCCUGGCGACGAGCACGCUGCCCUUCCAGAGUGCCAAAUACCUGAUGGAGACCUGGCCCUUCGGGGAGCUGCUCUGCAAGGUGGUCCUCUCCAUCGACUACUACAACAUGUUCACCAGCAUCUUCACACUGACCAUGAUGAGCGUGGAUCGCUACAUUGCCGUGUGCCACCCGGUCAAGGCUCUGGACUUCCGCACCCCAGCCAAAGCCAAGAUCAUCAACGUCUGCAUCUGGGUCCUCUCCUCUGUGAUUGGCGUGCCCAUCAUGAUCUUGGCUGUGACCAAGUCAAAAGAUGGGAUCGUGCUCUGCAUGCUCCAAUUCCCUGAUCCCGCCAUGUACUGGGACACGGUGACCAAGAUCUGUGUGUUCAUCUUCGCCUUCAUGGUGCCCAUCCUGGUCAUCACCAUCUGCUACGGGCUCAUGAUCCUACGCCUCAAGAGCGUCCGCCUUCUCUCGGGCUCCAAGGAGAAGGACCGCAAUCUGCGUCGCAUCACCCGCAUGGUGCUGGUCGUGGUAGCGGCCUUCAUCAUCUGCUGGACGCCCAUCCACAUCUUCGUCAUCGUCUGGACGCUGGUGGACAUAGAUAAGAAGAACCCCUACGUGGUGGCCAGCUUGCACUUCUGCAUUGCCCUGGGUUACACCAACAGCAGCCUCAACCCUGUCCUCUAUGCCUUCCUGGAUGAGAACUUCAAGAGGUGCUUCCGGGAGUUCUGCCUGCCCUUCCGGUCCCGGAUCGAGCAAAACAGCUUCUCCCGAGCGAGAAACACCACCCGGGAGCGCGUCUCCACCUGCACCCCUUCCGAAGCCCUCAAUAAGCCAGCAUGACUAGACAUGGACAGCCAUCAGCGGGGCUCCCGUGGCCGCAGAAGGGAGGAACUGUUCUCGGAGGUGACUCAGGUCACCACCACAGAAUUCUAGUGGAGGUGGCUGGAGGCGAGUGGGCGGGAGUGGAUUGGCUCAUCAAGGACUCUUUAAAAAAAAAAAAUUUGCAAAUGCUUGAUUUUCCAUGAAGACACCAGGGUGAUGGGGAAUUGGGCAGGGAGCGGGAGGAUCACAAAGCAACAGAUUCCUGGCUGAACAUUUCUAAGAACUGUAGAAAAACAGACCGUGGCAUCGGAUGGGCAAUGAGGAGGAUCCACAGGCUGCAAACACGUCGUCAGACGAGCACCAAACCUGCACCACAAGGCAGCCUGGAGAUGGACAGGCCCCGCCAUCAAGAUGGGGGAACCUGCCGCUGCUUUCAUGGGGGUGGGGCCGCUUCUUUAACUCUCAGCGGAUGUAAAAGCCCAGGUGCCCUUCAAACGCCGGUUGGCGCGAUGCAAAUUGCAAAGAUGCGACCCUGUGAAGUCGUGUGCCAUUCAAACGUCGGGUUUUGUUCCCCCGAUGCCAGCAGGUGGCGCCGGUGGCGAGAAACCGCAGCUCGCGGUGGGCAAGCUGCUGUGCCAAAGCACACCCCAUGCUCUGGGACCCGCGCAAGGUAGAACUGGGGUUCGCCAACAGCCCACGGACUCUGGGGAGGAGCCCUGUGCUUUCGUUGUGCCCGUUCUGACCUUGCACAUGGCAGGCCCCGGCGCAUCCUGCUGACCCUUUGCUGCUGCGCUCCGGGACGGCUGCUCAGGACGCCCCCCCCCGGUAGGAGAGCAGAGCACUCACUGACUGCCAUGUCUUGUACAUAUGUACAUUCCAACAGCCCACCUGUCCAGGGCGGCCUGGGACGUUCCUGACGGAGGCGUGUGGCUACUUGUCUCGUGUGCCCGCUUCCUUCCUUUCGCCGCAUCGUUAUUGCUCUGUACAGCCUUAUGCGGUGCAAAGCGGGAUCUGUAGGAGUCAGCCAACUCCCCUGCUUACCCCGGGCCACGGAGCUCGGAGCGUCAUGGACACUCGUGGCAGGAGUGCCAGGAUCUGCCCGGCGAGAAUGCACUCCCGCCGCCCCCCGCAGAGAGGCACCGCGUCGUGCGUUCAGUGUCACAGUAGGAACUGGGAUUGUUGCUGUACACCAGCAGCAGGAGGGUGACUGCGCUGGGAGAGGGGACUCCCUCUGCCUGUCUCUGGGGGAGGCUAAACACUGAGGUUAAAGAUCCUUUCAAGACGUUUCUAAAAAGAGAUCUGGGAUCCCUGCCAUACCUCCCUCUCUCUCACUUAGGGCCUCUGCCAAACCCCAGUCAAGUCAAUGCGAGUCUUUCCCCGGACUUCAGUGGGGUUUGGAUCAGCCCUUAAAGUGGGCUGGAGGGGCCCACACUGUGGGAGAGUCAUUGCUAGGCACACAGUGGCUCUCGCAUUUGCCCGCCGCAGCCAGUCUCAGGGCCCAACUCUCCAACCCGGGCCCAGAAGCUAGGGCUCCCACUUGCACAGUGCUCAAGUGGGCAUUCAUGGGCCCUGGUACCAUCCCAGGUGACGACAUGCUGAUUGGCGCAUCCACAUGCAGAACUAGGGGUCUCAUAGUAGUUUGCAAAUCGGGUUUCUGAUAUCUUUGCAAAGCACAUUGAGAUACUCUGAGCAUGACAGGCACCAGCUUAAACCCAGCUCCUUUCUAUGCUCUCUGUGUGCAUAUGCACGUUGGAAUACCAGACACGGGCUCUGUUGUUAUUUUUUUUAUUUCAGUGACAUCUAAAUGCCUUAUCUACGUCAUGGCCCCCAUGUGUUUGGUGCUGUACAUUGUGCUCAAGCCACGGAAUUAGAACCCAGGGCCAAAUCUCAAACAUGCUAGCAAUCGGACACGGGAUUUUCGUUCUCCCUGUUCUAAGAUUAUCUGCAUGAUUCCAGGUGGGAGCCGUGUUUGGAGUUCAUACAGCUGGACAGCGUGUUGGGAUGUGAACUUCUGGGCCAGGCUCAGGUCUGGUUAACACAUAAACCUGCAGAACUGGUCAGCCUGGUGGGAAAUGGGCUGUGAUGAUUUGAUGGGGAGGAAAAGUGCAGGCACGUAGCAAUGAGCAGAGCUGAUCCAGGCCAGAGGCAGGCCACGGGCUGCACCAACACCGCAGGCUGGAUUCGGCUUGCGGCUACACUGGUAUAAAUCCAACAAAGUCAACAGAGUUGUACCGGACUCACACUGGAGUGAGACAGUCUUGGGGAUCUGUAUCCUCUGUCCACAAAACAGGUCACACUGCAAGCUCCCUGCCUGCCAAUGUGCCUUGACUCUCAUCGGGGGGGCACUCUCCUUUCAGGGUGAAAGGAGCUCUGCCUCCUUAGCCCAUUCAAUGCCAAGGCAUUGCUGCUGGUAGGGCUCCCAAGGAGACCCGUCAGUGCCAGUAGAAGCGGUGGGUUUUGUGAUGUGUCCACCUGCCUGCUGGGAGCUGGGCGGACCUGAUCCCACGCAUUUCACACCAGCCUGGGGACACUUAUUAGAGAGAAGCUACUUGUGGUCAUUAGCUGGUUGGGCUGGAUUGCAACCUACAGGUGAAAGGCUCUUCAUCAUAAAAACAGACACACAUACGUGUGCGUGUGUCUGUGUGUGUGUGUGAGAGAGAGAGAGACUUACGUAUACAUGUGUGUUGCUUAGUAGACGUUGGCCUUUUACUACAAAUCAAGAAUAGUUCUAGCAACCUUGGGCUGACGCACAACACGGAGGGCUGUCCACUGCAGCUGGUCCUAUUACUGUUAUGACCACAGCACCUACCUGCCCUGGCUGAGCUCAGGGCUCCAUUGUGCGAGGUGCUGCACGCACCCCCAGGAAGAGAUCGGCCAACUCCAAAGACCUCACUGUCUAAACAAACAAGACUGACGAACAAGGCGCUAUUUUCCCGGUUUCACUAAUGACAUGCAGGGAGUCCGCAGUAAGAAAUGAGCCCCGAUCAGCUGAGCCUUACUGUCCAUCCUCCGUAGCGCUGGUCCCACUUUCUCUCUCACUGUCCAUUCGAGAAGGCUGCACGACGCCUGCAAUGAACCAUUCCGUCCAGUGGGAAGAUGCCAGUUCAGCAGUGCAUCUGGAGCUGAGCUUUGCGGUUCAGGCAGGUCUCCACUAUGGCUGUAAAAUCUGAGUGGCAUGUCCAAUACAUUAUGCACCAUAGGCUUAUUCUCCCCCAAGGGACAAGAGCUACACAUUCUUUCUAUAGAUCAGCAUGUAAAGGUUAAUGAAGCAGCCCAAGACAACUUUCCUAAGCUGCAUAAUUCUUAAUUUAGUUUCAUAAUAAGAGAGACUUGACAGUAAUAAUACUCUGUGCUUCUAGAUAAGAACCUUGGCAGUAUUUGCAAACAGGAAUGAAUUACCCCUGCUGGGAGAGAGGCGCAUGAUCCCUUUUCAACUGUUUGGGGAAACUGAGGCACAAAGAGGCAGAAUGAUUUGCUUACGGUCACGCAGGAAGUCUGUGACACAGCUGGGAGGCCAACCCAGGCCUCAUGAUGCCUUGGCAUGUGCUUUAACCACCGAACCCUCCUAUCUCUCUUCCCAGACUUAUAAAAUAGAAAUGAAAUGUAUUCCUACACACACACAAGUAUACAUGUAUACAUGUAUAUGUAUAUGAACAACUCAGAUUCCCUACCACUAGGAAACAUUUAGCUUACAGACCAAGGCAACUAUGCAAAGAUUAAAUCCUUUCAUCUUUGCUCUUUAUCUUUGCACAGAUUGACCCCAUGCACAGGCUCAGACCCAAUAACUAGACAAGCACUCGGGAUCCCACCUGAGCGCCCUAUUAUUAUGUAUAAUGACCAGAUGACAAGCCGCAAGCCCUGACUGAGUAACGUGAUCCAUCUCCUUCCACAAUCCAGUCCGAUCCAGCCACCCGGCUGGAGCCUUGAAACUCAAUUGGUUAAAGAUCAGACACGGGAUGCCAAGAGUGAAAAGUACCAGCUCAGCCAAGAGCAGAUGGAGCCAAGACAGAAGAGAUGCAGCAGUGGAAGUAUCCUCCUGAGGCCUGAGUCUCCACUGCCAUGCAUCCCAGGCCAGUAUUUAUGCUCCGGCAAAUGGAGAGUAAAAUGCUACCAGCAGCCUCUUACACCCAUGUGGCCAGGUGCAGGUCAAUGGAGAAUCAGUCCUCUAGUGGCCGUUAACUGCAGCACGAUCUCAUUGCAGAAACAAUUAAUGGGGCCUUCAUGUUUCCCUGUUAGAGUUAAACCAGUUGGUAUGGAUUAGCACUGCCACAAGCCCUGGAGACAAGAAGAAGACUGGCCGCUGGCCAGUUUGUUUCCAUUGCUCCCCGCUGCCCCCGCGACUCAAAGAAUCUGUGUAGUGCAUAGGAAUUGGGUUGUAUCCCUUUAAAUACUUUGUGAGCCUUCUAGUGGUGCUCACUAAGUUUCAGAAGGCAUCUGACCCCUGCCAGAGCAGAAGUGCGUAUAUGUAGCUGGGCCUUGCUGCAUGUUGUAUAUCGUUAGUGAACGUGGGUAUUCAGACCCCACUGGGCCUGUGUGGUUCCUUCACAUUACACGUUGGAAACAGCCACGUCAGGGAGCUCCUAGACUGAGCCAUUUUGGAAAGAGGACCCAAAAAUAUUCAGGUUUCAGAGGAACAGCCGUGUUAGUCUGUAUUCGCAAAAAGACAAGGAGUACUUGUGGCACCUUAGAGACUAACCAAUUUAUUUGAGCAUGAGCUUUCGUGAGCUACAGCUCAGCUCAUGCUCAAAAAUAUUCAGGAAUUUUAGGAAAAUGUGAAGGGCAGGUGACAGUUCAAAAACCACCAUGUAUUCAAAAUACCAUUUUUUGAACUGUACCAAACUUCCCAGAAAAACUCUACCCCAUGAUGAGAUGGGACAUGCAACAUUUCAGGAUAAUUGAUUUUCUUGUUGGCCACUGGGAUAACAACCUGCUAUUGCUGCCAGCUUAUGUAGCUGCUCCUUUAGCUCAAGUGCUAGGGGUCUGUGUUUUGGUGCUGAAAGACAAGUCUUGAUGGCUAUUGUUACUCCACACGUAGUGGAGGCCAGAGAAUAUCUGACAGCAGGCAGGCAAAACCAGCCCAGUAAGGCCCUAGGUCGGUAAAGCACUUAAGUUUGAGCUUAACUUUGAACUCUACUGAAGCCAAAGUUAAUGGCAUUGCUGACUCAGGGCCUAAAUCAGGCUGAGCAUCUGUGUACAACAGCAACCACUAGGUAACAACCCUACUGGAUGUCUUUCUAAAACACGGGAUAGAGCUCAAACAGAAGUAAUGGGCCUGAUGUAGGAAUUAGUGAUUGAGGGUCUGUGGCCUGUGUUAUACAGGAAGUCAAACUUAAUGAUUGUGGGUGGUCUCUUCUGAUCUCAAAAGCUAGGAAUACUGUAUUGACUCAAACCAUGCGAGGUAAACCCUGUAUCCUAAGCAGCCUCCACUGCAGAAGGUCUUUAUGGCCGUACUGGUAAAGACAGGCUCUUUUGUUGGAAUGAGCAUCUGACAAGACUGUAAAAACAUUAUUUUCCUCCCAAGGACAAAGUGAGAAAAAUUGACGUUUAGAUCUCAGACACACAGUGUGAACAACCUGUCUUCUCUCCCCAGUACUUGUCUCACUGGAACAAAACCUGCUCUUGCCUAUGUCAGUUUCCUUCCUUAGAAGUUUUUAAGGUCAGGCUUGACAGAGCCCUGGCUGGGAUGAUUUAGUUGGGGAUUGGUCCUGCUUUGAGCAGGGGGUUGGACUAGAUGACCUCCUGAGGUCCCUUCCAACCCUGAUAUUCUAUGAUUCUAUGAUUAGGUGAUUAUUAGAGAAGAUGGAAUGGCUCAUUUCUUCCUCAUUGUGAUGGCUUGCAUAUACAGAGAACUUACUGAGAUUUGUAUCUCACUCUGACACCCAGAUCUCUUCCCACAUAACAGAAAUCCUAGCUGGAGAGUAGCUAUUUCACCAGACUGGUUGAUGGUGGGGGGACAGUAAAGCAGACCCCUCAAAACCCAGGAAAGGCCAAGCGAGAGACUGGAAAGGGAACAGGGAUUAGUAUGGGUAACACACCGGCCUUCCACCUCUGCAGACCUGGGUUCAAAUUUUUCUUGGCAAACGGAAGUAAAACCACGAGCCUGGUGUUCAUCUCUUCCUCUCUCUGCGGCUUAUUCUCCAACAGGGAAACCACAGCGCAGUUUGCCACAAGUGUCACUCUCUCUUCCCAGGAGAUGCGCAGCAUUGAGAUGCUACGGGGUGCCGUAGGUCAGGGCUAAGAUUCACAGUGCAAGAGCUAUGGAUGGGGAGAACCUUUCAUACAUCUGCCCAGGUUAUGUCUCACUCUGGGCACUGCUAUCAGUCCCUUGCUGUUGAUGAACACCAAAAAGGCAACCUUCUUUAUUGUUUGGUUUAAUUGUUUGGUUUUUUUCCAAUCAGUCUUUAUCACUAAGGGAGGCUGUAUUGGCUUUGGCCCGAAUCCGAUCACUGGCAAAUAUAAGACUCUUGUAAUGAACCAAUUUCAUUUGAUGCUGGUGAAACGCCAUCUUGCCCAGGGUAAAGAAACAUAAACAUCUGUCAGCCAUUCACUUUGAACAUGGACAUGAAUAAUGUGUUUUCUGAACAUUCAGGGGCCUGAUCCAAAGCCAAUGGAAAACAGGGGGAAGUCUUUCAAUUGACUUCAAAAGGCGUGUGAUCAGGCCCCAUCGGCACUGGCCUAUGGAAGUUUUAAUUAUUACUUUUUACCCCUAAUCAUUGAAGCAAAUGGUCACAUGCAUAACAUCCCUGUUUUAAUUGAAAGGGGCAUUGCCAAUUUUCACAACACACCUAGAAACGUUUUCACUGUUUCUUGAAAAUGGAUUAAGCGGCUGGUUUUUUUAGUCACAUAUUCCCGUAUAGUGCUGAAAGCCCAAAACACAACAACAGUGGGUUAGUGCAAGAGAAAGAGAAACUGACUAUAAACAGAAAGCAAAACUGACCUACCUGAAUUCAGAGUGAUCAAAUAAUAUUGACAAUAACAUUAGGAUUUGGGGGGUUGUUUAUAUAUAUUUCAGUUUUAAUUAUGUGAUGCAGAGUUGCCAACUCUUGCAAUUUUACUGCGAGUCUCACAAUAUGUGGUUUUUUUCUUAAAGCCCCAGCUUCUGGAAUCCUGUGAUUACAUGAGAAUCUCAGCUUUUGUUAACAAAACAAACAAACAAACAAAAACCCCCUAAGUUUCCACCCUUCUUAGUUGUGGGGAAAAGCUUGAGAACAUGACCCUAACAACUCAAAAACAGAGGGCAAGUUAAAAUAACCCCUCCCCCCAAAUGAAUUUUUAAUCCCAGGAUUUUUAAGCAAAGCUCAUGAUUUUGGGGGACCCAAAUCAUGAUUUUUGACCAUUGCGGGGGGCAGCUCUCUAUGCUGAUUGACACCAGGUAAGGACCUUGGUAGUAAGCAAGCCAAUGGAGUUGUACUAAUUAGCAUCACUACCAAUAGGACCUGUGAUUUUUAUUUUGACAGGGUCUCUUGUAAGAAGUAAGCCCUAAGGUCUGAUUCUGAUUUCAUUUACCCUGGGAAAAACCAGCAGGAAGGGCUAAAGACAAUGGGGCUGAACCAGUGUGAGAGCAGAUGUCGGUCCCACGUCUGUCUGGCCAGCUGCGAACACACAUGUAACUAUAUCAAAGCCAGGCUGAAGGCGGUGGAGAGGGAACAAUAGGGUUUUAUAUCAGCAGAGGCUGUUUGCUAUCAGCACCACUUGCUUCAUGUGGAUUUGCACAGCAGAAAUAAACAGUAUUUAUGGCUGUACAAAAAUGUACAUAUCUCUGUCUAUCUUUAUGGACGUCAGCUGAAAUUAACCCAGCCCUGUCCCAGCUCUGCUGCCAGCCUGUUCUUGUGUGCAGGAGUCAGGGAUCCCAAGUGAAUUUUCAAGCCUGGGACAGGUGUUGAAUCAGUAAGGGUGUAAUGAGUGACCUUCGUCCUCUUUCAAGCGCUUGAGCCAGUAGCUCUAGCCCUGGCUUCUGGAAGGGCGGCGUUUUGGUGACGUUUCUGUAAGGGACACACAUUUUCCUUUCUAUCUUUUUUUGUUUGUUUGAAUAAAGUGAGUGCAAUUCCAAAUC